AUGAAACGUAGUAACGAUAAUGCAAUAAUAGCUGAUUAUUAUCAUAAAGCUGCUCCGUUGAGAUUAAAGCAAUCCAUAAAUCGACCUUCAAAAAUUUAUCAAAAAUAUUCUACAAAUAUUAUUAGACGAACUGUAUAUCUUGGAAAUUUACCAUCAAAUGUAGAAGUUUAUAAACUUAUAAAUCAAAUCAAAGUUGGUCCAUUAGAGUCUGUCAAACUCCAUCCUGACAACACUUGUGCCUUCAUUUCUUUUAUGAAUGCUAUUCUUGCAAAAGCAUUUUAUGAUGAAGCUAUGACCAAACAAAUUUUUUAUGAAGGUCAAAAACUUUACGUUAGUUGUGGUAGACCAUCAGCUGUACCUUUAGGUGUUCAAUUAGCUGUUGAUGAAAACAAUGCUUCACAUUUGGCUGAAUAUGGUAAUAUUGAUACUAUUCAAAUUAUCAGAGGAAAAAAGAUUGGAUUAGUUCAUUUCUUGAAUAUUUCAAGUGCCAUUAGAGCAGUUAAAUCACUACCAUCAAAAUACGCAUACAAAGAGGUUAAAGUUGACUAUGCCAAAGACAGGUGUGAAAUAUAUAUGCAAAACACUCUCCUUCAAAGCUUUGGAAAUAAUGCCACAUUAAAGGCAGCUCAUAAUCCUUAUCCUAAUGUUAUGUCAACAACUCAUAAUCAUUAUUUUAAUGGUGUCGACAACUUGUAA